AUGUGCUUCCCUUCAUAAUAUGAUAGAACUAAAGUGUCUUUAUAAAUUUACAAUUAUGAAAUUCUAAACAGAACUAAGAUUAGGAAUUUAAAAAGAGGAAGGAGGGGAAUUACAAAUAGUUAAAAAUUAUUAAAUAAUGAGUAAUGA